AUGGUGGAUCGGCACAAUAACAAGUACGAAUGCCUCUAUACGAACAACGAUUUCGAAGGUGCUAAUAGUACGAUUUGUGAUGUUAUAGUGGGCAUCGGUGAGGUUGCCAAUUUUGCAGCAUAUGCGUUUGCACCAGCUAUCUUGGUAACACCGCUGGGUGCUCUGAGUGUACUAAUAGGGGCGGUGCUGAGCUCUUAUUUCUUGCACGAGGAUCUUGGGCUACUCGGAAAGCUUGGUUGUGCAAUUUGUUUGAUUGGUUCGGUCAUCAUUGUUCUACAUGCUCCAGCAGAUGAAGAAGUGGAUGAGAUUGAGCUACUGCUUCACUAUGCUAUUCAACCUGGAUUUCUCUUUUACUGUUUCUUCGUCUCCAUAUUCGCUUUCGUGAUGAUAUACAAGAUAUCGCCGAAGUAUGGUAAAAAGAACCCACUGAUCUAUCUCUCGGUUUGCUCCACUGUUGGUUCGGUAUCCGUCAUGUCGGUAAAAGCCUUCGGCAUUGCGCUGAAGCUUACACUCGGUGGAAAUAACCAAUUCUCACAUCCUUCGACCUACGUAUUCAUCAUUGUCACUGCCGUGUGCAUUCUCACGCAGAUGAACUACUUUAACAAAGCUUUGAGCCAGUUUUCCAGCUCAAUAGUAAACCCACUGUACUACGUAACCUUUACAACCGCGACUCUCACAGCCUCCUUCAUCCUGUUCAAAGGCUUCAAUACAUCCAGCGCCGUCAACGUAAUCUCCCUUCUCUGCGGCUUUUUAAUAAUAUUCGCCGGUGUCUAUCUCCUCAACCUCGCUAGAAUCAACUCAAAGGGUCUGAUGAAUGGUCAUGCGGAUGUGGACAGCAUCCCCACCGACCCUAUUUCCGGAUUCCAAACGAGAAGAAGCAUGCAGGCGAGGAGAAGUUUGGACCCAAACCGUCUAAGCGGCAGCAGCUUUAGACGAACUAGUCGAGACGAGAUGAUGUAUGAGGAGACAAUGGUCGGAUUGACGGAUCUAGCAGAAGACAGCGACGAUGGCGAUGAAGAGAGAGGAAUGAUUUCGCCGAGAAAGAGUAGUGGGAUGCCCAGAAGCCCCGGGUUGAGACGGUAG